UCUCUCUGCUCCUGACGUCAGCGAGUUUGUCUGAGAGUGUCGAGCCCAGUGCGCUCUCUUCAUACUGACCUCCAUUGUGAGCACGCUGAAGAUGCCAGCGCUCGCAGUCGCCGCCGCCGCCCAGUAGAGAACCCCCCAACCCGAGAACCAAGCACCACGACCCCGCUCCAGAGACCGUGAGAGCGCGCGCUAGAGACGGAGACUGUCCUAUGUUCCAGCCCAACGUUGUCUUUUGCUGGAUUUAAUGCUCUAGCUAGUCGCCGACAGGGAGAGAGAGCGCGUGUGAGAGAGAGGGAUAGGGACAGCCUUAGAGAGGGAUAAGGAAGAAAUAUCGAGGAAAAAAGGAUUGCUCGCUGUUUCCUCACCCUGACCAUUUUGGAGAUAAAGAAGAGCCGAGGUUCAUCUAACAAUGGGAUGUACACUGAGCGCAGAGGAAAGAGCGGCUCUGGACAGGAGCAAAGCCAUCGAGAAAAACCUAAAAGAAGACGGAGUCACGGCUGCUAAGGAUGUGAAAUUGCUCCUGCUAGGGGCUGGGGAAUCUGGGAAAAGUACCAUCGUGAAACAGAUGAAGAUUAUCCAUGAGGAUGGUUUCUCAGGUGAUGACGUGAAGCAGUACAAGCCAGUGGUCUACAGCAACACCAUCCAGUCCCUGGCUGCUAUCGUGCGUGCCAUGGACACACUGGGGCUUGAGUAUGGAGACAAGGAGCGCAAAGCUGAUGCGAAGAUGGUUUGUGAUGUUGUGAGCCGUAUGGAGGAUACCGAGCCCUAUUCCCCAGAGCUCCUGUCCGCCAUGAUCCGUCUGUGGUCUGACUCAGGUAUCCAGGAGUGCUUCAGCCGUGCCCGCGAGUACCAGCUCAACGACUCCGCCCAAUAUUACUUAGACAGUUUAGAUCGGAUCGGUGCUGCAGACUACCAGCCAACAGAGCAGGAUAUUCUGCGAACUCGAGUGAAGACCACCGGGAUUGUAGAAACCCAUUUCACCUUUAAGAACCUGCACUUCAGGCUGUUUGAUGUUGGAGGUCAGAGGUCGGAGAGGAAGAAAUGGAUCCACUGCUUUGAGGAUGUGACCGCCAUCAUCUUCUGUGUUGCUCUGAGUGGAUACGACCAGGUGCUCCAUGAAGACGAGACCACGAAUCGCAUGCACGAGUCUCUUAUGCUGUUCGAUUCCAUCUGUAACAACAAAUUCUUCAUUGACACUUCCAUCAUUCUCUUCCUCAACAAGAAAGACUUGUUUGCUGAGAAGAUCAAGAAAUCUGCCCUGAGUAUUUGUUUCCCUGAAUACACAGGUCCUAACACCUAUGAUGAUGCAGCUGCUUACAUCCAAGCACAAUUUGAAAGCAAGAACCGUUCACCUAACAAGGAGAUCUACUGUCACAUGACCUGUGCCACGGAUACAGGAAACAUCCAGGUGGUGUUCGAUGCCGUUACCGACAUCAUCAUUGCCAACAACCUGCGAGGUUGCGGCUUGUACUGAGGCCCACACUUUCCCUCUCGAGCCACUUCUUUGGAAAUGAUUAUUAUUGAAAAUGCAAGUUGGUAAAUAAUGAUAACGAUAAUUUUAAAAUAGUCAUAUACAAAUGAAUAAAUAUAUUAUAUAUAUGAAAUGUUUUUAGUUUGUCUUUCAAAGAGCUGCCAACAGAACUGAUUUCUUAUAGAAACCCAGCCUUUAUGGUUUUAGAACAAAGUUGGGACCUUUUUUGUGUGUUUCAUUUUCCUUCGCUGUUGUAUGUUUUGUUCUCCCCUGUACUCCACUGUGUCUUUGUUUUGACUAAACAACCCUAAUUUUUUUGAGAAAUGUCUUUGUUUUGCUAUUUUUUUAUGUUGAUGUCAUUGUAUGUAUAUUUAUUACACAAAUAUCAGUCGGGGGGGAUGACCUUUACAUGUUUGCCUGGAUAAAUGAAUUUACUUUGAUGAUAAUGUGACGAUGAAAAUCAGUGAUCGCUAAAUCAAUGACGUUGACAGUUUUGCUAGACUUGAGCACUACAAUUAAAGACAGUCGGGCCAAAUUGCAGUUGUAGUAAUCACAUUUGGUUUUCAUAGCGAUUCCCUUCGUACUUUCCAGCUGUUUAAUUUCGUAUAAAAAAAACAAAACAAAAAAAAAAACACCCAGGAUUACUCAACCAGGCUUUUUCUUGUACGUUCUCAUCCCUUUCACUUCCGUAGGUCAGCUUUCUGGGUCGUGUUUAUCUCUGGGGAAGGGCCCGCUCAGCGCAUGGCCUCUCAAACCAGUCCAAUGACUGCAAGUGUCAUAUCAGUGCCAACCUCCUGAGAAUGACGUGUCUGGGAAUAGUACUAGCAACACUAGGUCACUGUAAUGAGAAGUUAUUAAUCUUAUCAUGUAAGGAAUAUUUACUUUUUUUAUUGUUGUUGAUUAAUUUAUUUAUUGACCAUCUGUCCCACACACUUCCUUUUGACUUACUACUCCUCCUCCAUUUUUCUACCUCUUGUCCUUUGUCACACUUACCUGUUUAUUCUUUCACUUCCCUAGGUUUUCCAUUUUAGUUGGCUGGGUAAAUGGAGUCCCCUGUCACUGAUAGCAUGACCCAUCAGCCUUUGUAUAAAGAAACAGCUAAUUGCUUGACAUAGCUAAUGGCGUGAAAAUAAAGAAUAAAACCUUAAAAAAAAAAGGAGAAAAAAUGGCAAAAAUGGCAAAAACAGCCGCAACAAAAAGAGAGGGCAUCAUGUGGGCUGGGUUGUAUAGGGGUGGUUAGGGGAAGAGGGGGUAGAUGUGGGGCACAGGGAAACGGUAUCCUGACCAAUGAUGUGGAGGCGUGCAGAUGAGGAUCAUUGGGCUGACAGUCUUUGUAGAAAGCUAUAGAUCCUCCAGUACUAGAAUAUUUACAAGUAGAAAUCAUUGAAAAAGAACAAAAAAGUCAAAAAUGAUGACUAUGACAAUAAUAACAAAUGAUGAUAACGACAACGUUAAUGAUGAUGACAAUACCAAUAUCAAUGAUUAUUCUGUAAUAUUAUUAAAGGUAUAUUUCUUGUGCUUUGUAGCUACAGAACUUUUUUUUUUUCUCUUUCCCCCUUUUUUAAAAAAAAGAAUUUUGCAAGGGUUCCUGUGAUCGACUCUUGAACCAUUCUUACUGACUUACCCAUGUUGAUGUUGAUGAAAAGUGCCGAUUCUUUUUGCCUGUUCGCCCUGCAUUGCAAUGUCUUUACUUAGCCUGAAUUACAGUAUAUGUAUUGAAUUAUUAUUCAUUUGAUUUUUGAUUUUUGAAAGAACCACUUUUUGGUGGCACAGCCCUGCCCCCGGUGCUGGAGAGGGCAGGGCUGCGCACGCUGUACAGAUCCAUGCGCUUUUUCUUGGUUUUUUGAGAAUUGUACUCGAACACCUUCCAGGUCUGCAUAGAAAAGCACAGCUCUUACCUAUCACACGUAGAUUUGGAAAGAUGUAUCUCUCCUCCCUCUCUGCCUUCUCUGAUGAAGUUCAAUGAAAAAAACUAAACUGUACAAUUACCUAUACCACUUUUGAUUUUUCCUCUCCUUCCCUUCUUCUUUUAAUCCUUUCUUUUUCUCUCCAAGUGAAUGCUUUUGUGCUGCUUUUUCUCCCUCUUCUUUAGUGAAUGGUUGUUCUUUCAUGUGGGAUGUUCGUGCUGGAAAACCAAUCGAAUGUAGUGUUUACAUUAAAAGCCACAGUUUUCAUGACUACAA